AUGAAUGAAAAUUUGAAAUUUUUCGUAAUAGAAAAAUUGUGUGAUAAUGAUAAUGAUGAUGAUGAUGAUGAUGAUGAUGAUGAUGAUAGUGAUAACGAUGACGAUGGUGACGGUGAUGGUGGUGAUGAUGUUGAUGAUGAUGAUUAUGGUGAUAGCGGUGAUGAUGGUGGUGAUGAUGAUGAUGAUAAUGAUGAUUAUGGGGACGAUGAUGAUUAUGGUGAUGAUGAUGAUUACGCUGACGAUGAUGAUGAUGAUGAUAAUGAUGAUUAUGGUGGCGAAGAUGAUGAUGAUGAUGAUGAUAAUGACAUUUUUUAA